GUUGGAGUUACAAGCUCAAAGCCUUCGAGGUGUAGGGGAAACGCUCUUCUGGAAGUCCAUUUUCUUCCUUUCUUCCUCUUCGUUAGUUCUCUCUCCUCUUUUAUCUUUUUUUCUUUCUUUUUCGAAAACCCUAAGGUAGGGGAAUCUUUUGCGCGAGAAAGAGAGGUGGGAGGAAACCGGUAUUGCUCCGGGAGAGUAAAAAUAAAAGGAGUGAGGGAUGGUUGUGGAGAUAAGGUUUUAGUUUUUUUUCAGAAAUGAUGGCACUAGGUUGAGAGAGGGGAAACUGGUGAAGAUGGUGAAGUCAAUCAUGUUAGGGUUUUCUUUAGGGUUGUUUUGUGAAUUUGGUGAGAGGUUAUAUAGGGGCUGUGAUGGGUGAGUGCAGGGCACCGAGAGAGAUUGUUCUUGGACGCCAGAGAAGGAACGCGAGAGUUGGGAACGUGGUACGCGAAGUGAAUCGAGAGUUGCCGGGAAAGGGAAAUCGAACCAGGCUGGAGAAGUUUGAGAACAUGGCCGAAAGCUCUUCGGCUGCGCCUGCACUACUGAAACCUGUGGUGGUCAGGGUCAAACGCAAGCCCUCUCAGUCCCCACUUGAUGCUUUCUGGCUGGAAAUUAAUGAGAGACCCUUGAAACGUUCUCUCUUGGAUCUUGGAAAUUUAACAAUCUCUGGUUCUGCUCAAAAGGUGGAAUUUCAUAACAAGAAGGUUUUUGUUCAACAUGUGGAGACAAUAAGCAGCUCUGAGGUCACCUUUGAUAUUGUGCAAUCCUUUGUGGAUCCUGGUUCCAGUUGUGCUUCUAUUUUGAAGUCGAAAUUUGAGGAAAGAAAGAACUUCUUCAAGAGGAAUAAUAAGCAAGAUCAGCUAUUGGUUAAAGCUAAACAAGAAAAGGAGUCUUUGGCAAAAGAUGCUCGCUUUGAACAAAUAUGGAAAAGAAGGAAGGGAAACAAAGGCACAGGGUCAACACAUGAUAAAGAAUUACAAGAAAUAUGCAACUUCUAUGACAUUGUUCGCGUUGACAAUGAAGAGAAAAAGAAGGAAGUGCAACAGCAAGAAAUCUCAUUGGAGGAUCAAAGACUUCUGUCUAGUUACCUUCCUUUACUGAGAGAAUUUAUUCCUAAUGCGGCUGAAGAGGUUGAAGCCGAUUUGAUUGCUCAUUUGAGUGGUCAUUCCAAAGGAGAGAAUUAUGUGUAUGACCUAUACACUGUGACGGAUGAGAUGGAUAUAAACCCAGAAGAUACUUUAGCUUCUUAUCCACUUGUUCAAGUUGAGGAGGAGGAGGACUAUUAUGAUGGCCCAGAUGAUUCAGAUUAUGAAUCUGAUGACUCAAAUGCUGAAAACAAUCCAUUGAAUGAUUAUCCGGAUGAGAUUUCUGAAGAGGAUGAAGAAGAGGUUGAAGAUUCCGAGAGUGAAUCAGAAGGUGUAAAUGGCGAUGCUAGUAACGAAUCAUCAAACGAGGAUACAGAACAUCAUGGUUUUUCCAAAGAUGAUGCUGAUCCAUAUGAUGAGGAUUUUGAUGAGUAUGAAGGUGUUUGUAAUGAUGAAGAUGAAGAUUGGAGGUGGUCGUGCCGAUGAAGUUGACUUUGUUUUAUUUUGCUGUUUGAUUUUGUUGAAGGAACGAAAAUGUUGAUGUUGAUGUUAUAUCUAUGGGGUGGGGUAAAAGUUUUGAACAAAAUCAAA